AUGGUGGUGGUGCGUGAGCGUGAUAAAAGAGAAGAGGCGGCGCAGGGGAAGGGAAAGAGAAAGAGACAGGAAGAAUUAGGGAAAAAGAGGUUCAAGGGAUCAAAUCAAUCAAUCUCGUCCAAGCUUUUUGGGAGGAUUGACGAUUAUUGGGGAGAAGUAAUUGGUAGUAAAGAGACAACAACAACAACAACAAUAAUACACGAUAUGCUGGAUGCUGGAUGCUGGAUGCUGGCUGCUGGCUGGCACUGCUGGGGCUGGUUCUAUGGAGGACUGGACUGGCACAACUGGCUAGAAGGUACCGAGUACUUCAGAGAGACCAACGCCAAACAUGCCCUGGAUCGUGCCGCGAGCCGCUUCAACAUGCAUCAUGUUAUGCGCCAAAGGAACUUGGAGCAUUCGGCGCAACUGUCCUGUAAUUACUGUACAUGGGUGCAUGCGUAUGAAGGAAAUAGAAGAUGA